GAAACCACCGAGUAAACAUCCAAUCAAAGAGCACUAGAAUUUGAAACGAGAGCUUGUAGUUUGUGUUAUUAGAAAACUCCAGGAACAGGACAUUAAUUGGCUCGUCUCGGAUCUAGUGUGCGUUAAGCUCCAUUGUUUCCGUUCAAAUCUCUUUGAUGGGCACUCAGGAGGGAGGCAGAGAUUGGGUUGCGGUGGCAAAUGAUCUACUCACCAAGUGUAACAUCAACUUGCAAGCACAGAAACUUACGGACUGCAAUUCAAAUGUUUUUAUUUCGCUCUAUGAAAGCAUCUUGGGAGAGAAGGUUCCAGAUUUUAUUGCAAUUCCUCGUUCUCAAGAAGAUGAUGCACACAAUGUCCAGUCAGUGAUUGACUCACUGUCUUUGGAUUAUCUUCAGAUCAGCCUCUCACACAUUACAGGUGAAAACAUAGUCAGAGGAGACGAUGAAUCCAUCAAGAACUUGCUGGAAAUCUUUGAUGGCCUUUUAGAAUAUCUCAAUGAAGAGAUACAGGAAGAUUUGCAGAAUGGAGUGGUGCUAUGUGAAGAUGUGAAUGAAAGGGUUCCUGACGGCUCUAAGGAGUUGGGGACUUGUGAUGUCAGAGUUCAGCAGGAUUCUGGGCAGGAAGGAGCCUGUUCGUCUUCAAAUGGAGUGUCCAGUGACCAUGGACCCAGCGAGGCCCCUGAGGUCGGAGUCCCCGCAUGUACUGGUGCGGAAGUAGAAAGUGUAGGGCAUCACCCAAAUGCGGAAUCUUUGGAGGGACCUCGUGAGGGCGCUGCAGUCGUCUCUGCGCUUCCCUGCGUGUCUGCAGAGGAAGCAGGAGGUUCUCCAGCCUCUCCCAAAACUUCUGAAGCCCCCACCCCUUCAGGUCAGCCCUCUGACCAGGAUACAUCUGCACCGAUGCACACUGCCAUCGCGCUGCAGCCAGCCCUCCAGAGUGAUGCUCCUCACAGAGCGCCAGCUGGUCAGAACCAGGAGCAGCCAGCAGAGCAAGAUGCCACCGUCGCUUCAGAGACCGACAGGACCAGACCCGGGAGGAAUGUCAACAACGGCUUGUCUUCACCUCAAGUUUCCCAGUCUCCUGCUCACAGUGAUGGGUCUGGUCGCCAAAGGUCGAGGGCAGACGUGGAGGGAGAGACACUGGAGCCGACCAGAGGCGGCCCCCAUCGGGUGUUGUUCCGCACACAACCCGACGUUCUCUUCCUCAAGCUGCAGGAGGAGAUCGCAACCACGACCCCUUCACCCCCGGACACGGAUGAAGAUCAAGAGGAGGAGAGUAGCCGCCGUCCAUCACAGAGAGCGGCUCGCAGGUUUAAUGAAGAAGAGGAGGACAAAGGCUUUCCAGAGUCAUUGUCUCACCGCAGGGAGAAGAACAAGAAAGCUGAGAAGGAGCUUCAUUUAAUUGCUGAAAAACUCUCCCAUCGAAUUGAGGUGCUCGAUCAGAUGCUGAAGAGAGUGUUGGAUGAAAGUGGGGAGUCCAGUGAGGUCAAAGGGGAUGAAGAGUCGUGCCGCAGCAACGGCAUCUUGGAGAGCCACAAGAGCCCUAGACAACACUCCGAGUUUCCUCAUGCUGAGCGAGAUCGUCGAGAUCACACUGAGGCAGACGCUCGGAGCCCAGAGGGCAGGAGACUGAGAAACGCCACACCCGAUCGUAGCAGUGGAAGAGAAGCGCGACACCCAACGUCUGCCAGGAAACACCGAAGGACUCUGCUAAAUCAGCUCUAUGAAGAGGAGUUGAAGAGAUACGAACAAGAGGAACUGGACCGAGUUCGCCUCCGAGCUCAGGAAGCUGAGCGUGAGUACCGAGAGGCCAUCCUGAGGGAUGCUUCCCGAAACACCAGGUCCUCGCCAGCCAGGAUGAAGGCUCAACACAAGUCGGAACGUCUGUCACGCACGCGACAGGAGCCGCUCCAGCCAGUGACGGAGAAGCAGCUGCUGCCUCUGCUGCUAGAUGAGCUCCCGCACCUUCACAUCUCCCCCCAGGCUCUGGGUGAGAUGUGGCAGAAGCAGCUGCAGCACGUGGAGCGACUCAGCGCAGCCUCUUCUCCUCACAGCCGGCGGCGCAGCAAGCUCACCAGCGAGCUGGAGGAGGCCCAGAGGAAGCACCAGCUGCUGCAGGCUCUGGUGCAGAAGCAGCAAGCUCACCGCAGCCACCUGAGAGACUUCAAGGAGCAGAACCAGCAGCAGCGGGCGCUCCACGGCCGACUGCGAGAUCAGAGGCAGCAGGUGGCACGGGCCAAGAAGUACCACCAGGAGCUCCACGUCCAGCACCGAGCCCGUCUGAUGAAGGCGCGCACCAGGGAGGAGCGGAUGUUCCGGCAGCUGUUCGAGGAAGGUCUGGAGCUGCAGAAGAUGCGGCUGAGAGAGCAGAGAGCUCUGGCCAAAGAGCAGCAGCUGGAGGAGCAGCGGCGACAGAUGGAGAAGUUGACGUCCAUGGAGAACUACUACAAAGACCAAUUCUCACUGCUGGCUGAGAAGGUGGAACAGGAGCGUCAGGAGAACCAUAUACGGAAGCGAGCCCAAGAAAAGGCUCUGAUCAAGAUGAAGCGAGACCUUCGGGCCCGGAUGGAGCGUGAGAUCCGAGACCUGCAGAAGAUCAUCCUACAGAACGACGAAGACGAGCAUUUCAAGGCUCAGGACCUCCAGAGGCUACGAGGUCGGAUCCAGCUGGCCUCCUUCCAGAACCAGACCAGCUACCUGCACUAGAGAGGCAGCAUGGUGGUUUCUGAAAGAUUUGCACAGGAAGAAGAAGAAGAAUCUCAUAGGACCACAGUCUUCCUCUCACCCGCGCUGCUAUUCCUCCUCAAGUGUCUUCCACCCCUUUUCUUUCAAUGUAGCAGACCACCAGCUGUCUUCCCUUCUCUUUGCCAAAUGAAACGUAAACCUAGGUACGCAGCUGUCCUCCGCCGUGUUUUAACUCCUUAUUUAUUUUUUAACUUAAAGGUCUUUUACGGACGAGCGCUGGUGCAACGAUAAUCAACUCAUGUUUGAUGCUGGAAGUUUUGCGUGAAGCUGGAGUUCAUUGUGUCAGAAAUGUUUCCUUUGUUGCCUUAAUUACCCAUGAUGCAACUGGCGACAUCGCACAGCAUCUCACGUGCGGCUGUGACGUUUUUGUGAUCUACGUCAAUUCAAACACUGUUUUUUUUAGUCUUAAAAUCCAGGAGCUGCUGAAUCACAUGAGAAAUAUCUGAAUCACAUGAGAAAUAUUGAUACGAUUGUAACUUUUAAAUCAAACUGGACAUGUUCGGAUCAAAUAAAAAAAAU